AUGGCGUAAUAAAAUAUUAAAGAAGACCAAAUUUCAUAAAUCAUAUUGUUUCUACAAUACUGCAAUUUACACUUUUACACUGAUUAGCCUUACCCAGUAUUGUUCGCAAGUUCAAUUUUGUUUCUAAUUUUGAUUGGUUUUAUUUUGGUCUUUUUGCUGUCUUUGUGCUAACUCAAGAGCUCUUAGCCUAAGACUAAAAUAGUGAAAAAAUGGUAUGGACAAGUAAGAUAUAUACUUUAAUCAAAACCAGGUUUUCAUUCAUGCAUUUGAUUUUUUUGCACUUCUAGGAUUUUAUCCAAUGAUGAUAAUAUUUUUAUCAAUUUUCCCUUUUAUUUAAGGAAUAGAAGAGACAUAAGGAAAUGAGAACAUAUUUAUUGUUUUAGCAAUUCUUAGUACUCCUUCAAUAUUAAUCAUUGUGUUAUUUUCAAUUUUUUAUAGUAUAAUUUACUACAAUGAAUGGGUUAAGAAAAGAGAUGCACUAACCAGAAAAUAAUGUUAUUCAAUAACAAUACUAAUUUGUAUAAGAUAUUUGAAUGUGAUCUUUAUAACAUUUAGUUAAAUAGAAUGGAGCUAAGUAUAAUUAAUUCUCUAUAUUAUAGCGUUUUAUUGUAUAUUUUAAUUUGAUCUCAAGCGUAAUAUUAAUUAUGAUAAUGAUUCAUAAUUUAAACUUUUAACAUUAUUAACAAGUUUAAAUCAGAUUUUUAUUCACUUAAUCUAUCCUAAUUUAUUUUUGCUUUUCCUUUGCUUUUUAUUUACAUAUCCAACAUCAAAUCAAACCAGUAUUUGCUAUUAUCGUCAUUUAUGGUCUUGUAUGGACAAUAUUCAAAACUUCUUUGAGAGCACUGUAAAUAAGAGCCUUUUUCUAAGAGUCGAAGGAUGCAAGAAGGUUGGAACUCAAAGUUUAAGUAUUCACAGAAUUUUAGAAAAACAAUUAAAUUGUAAAUAAUGUUGGUGAUUUGAUUUAUUUUGGGCAUAUCUAUCAUCAUCUAGCAAAUAAAUGCAGAAAUUAAUAUACAGAAUUUGGUAUGAGAUGCUUUUGUACAAUGAAAAUUGCUUUUGAUUCUAAAUUGUAGAAGGAUAUCAGAAAAACAAUAUAAGCAAUAAGAAAUCAUAGAUCUAGUUUCACUAAAUUCAUGAUUAAAUCACUUUACGAGACUCUCAUCUAAACUUAACCUAGAAAUAUAGAAUUGAGAUUUCUGUAUGCUUAAUUCUUAUACUUCAAAAUGAAAAACAAGAUUUAGGCUUUUGAAUAAAUUUAAUGGAUUUGGAGUAAAAAGGCAAAUCUUCAUAUGCGAUUAAGGUUAGCAUUGAUGGCUUCGAUAGCUGAUGAAAAUGCUAAUGAUUUGAAUAGCCUUGCAUAUCAUAAUUUUUUAGACUUUGAAUAUGUAGUAGAAAUGGAGGAAACAAUCUCUUAAAUAUACUAAGUAAUAAUGAAAUUAUUGAGUUUAUAUUGUUCAUUUUGGAGGAGAUUGACCAAGAAUCCUUAAGUAGAAUAGGUUCAAAUAGAUAUUAAUAAGGACAUCGAUAAAGAGAUGACCAAUUGUAAUAAUUUAUGGAAAAAUCUAAUGAAACAUGAGGUAAGAGUGAAAUAAUAAGAUGUUAUAAUUUCAUUUUUGAGCAAAAGAUUAAAAUGGAAAUUUGUUUAUUUUUGGUAUUUUAAAUUUAAUAUUAUUUUAGGUAUCGAUUAUUCAUCUUAAACAAGAAAGUCAGAUUAACUCAAAUUGAGAGUCUAAGUUCAGCUACCUUACAUUAAGAAAUUGUGAAUGAAGACUCUGAUAGUGAUUAUGAAAUUAAAGUCUAUGAAUAGUUCAACAAUUCAAAACCAUUCAAUCACAUGAGUUUAAUUAUUCACUCAUUACUUAAUGGACAGAUAAUUAAAUGUAGUUAAUCCUGCAAAGAGGUAUUGGAAUUCGAGAAUUUGAAAUAUAUCUCUCAGUUAAUACCAGAAGUACUCUAAAGAAAUCAUCAAAAUGCCAUUAAACUAUUAUUGUAUUGUGGAAAAAGCAAGACUCUUCAUAAAAGUCGUAAGAUAUUUAUCAAACAUUCAAAAGGAUAUGUAAUACAAGCAAGAAAGUAUUUAAAAUGGUAGCUAGAUUAAUAGAAUUAAAUUAAUUUUGUAGCUAUGAUCAGACCUAUAAUAAGAUUAGAGUAGAUCAAUUUUAUUAUUUUGAAUGGUGAUUGGGAGGUUGAUGCUGUUACUAGACCUCUAUUUAAUAUAUUAUAAUAAAAAACUUGCUUGCUUUUACUCUGCACAGGUUUAUUUCAAUUUUCAAAAUUUGGAUAUUAUUUAGAUUAAGAUGAUAUAACUAGAUUCAAAUUAACAUAACAUUCAAAAUCAUUAAAUAUGACGCAAUCAAGAUACUAUAAUUCUAAUGAGAGUAUAAAUAAUAAUUAUGUAACAAAUUCUUAAAAAACAAAUAAUAAUGAUAAAAAUACUUUAGAAAAUGAUGAUUAAUCUUUUACAUUUUUUGGUGAAGAUAAUAUUGAAUAUUAUAAUUCUGAAAACCCAUAUACAAAUAAAAGAUUAUUCAAAAUAGUAGAUGAAUAACAUGUAAAAUUAACACUUAGAUUACCAAAAAAGUUAAGUCAACUAAAUGAAGAAUAUGAAUAUUUGAAAGCAGCUACAUUAUAGGAUGCAAUAUAACAUUCUGAUUUAUAAACUCUAUACAAUAAGAAGAAUAGAUUAAUCUACAGAAAUGCAGAAGAUAAAUUAAGAAUAAAUAAACUAGUACUAUUUCGUAGAUUAUUUGAUUUCAAUUAAAUACAGUUGAAAUAAAUGUUUGACAAUUUAAGAGAUCUAUUUGAAAAAUACUGUUCAUAAAAUAGAUUGCUUGAUAAAAUUAUUAAAUUAGAUGCCACAAUUCAUUUUACUAAAACUAUAUCUAUGGAUAAAUAUACAAUUAUUAAAAUUAAUAAAUAUGAGAUUUUUGAAUAUCAUCAAAGAUAAUUCAGAGAAGUAAUAUAUACAUACAUUUAACAUAGACAAUGAAUAUUCUAUCAGAGUCUCGUAUCAAGCAAUCUAGGCCUUCAUUGAUAGAAAUGUAUAUGGACCCAAGAAUUUUCGGUGUUCAUCAAUAAGGUACAUAUAAAUUAUCAUUUCAUAAGUCAACAACUCUGAAGUCGAUUCAAAUAGAAUAGAUUAAAACAAAUCUUUCCUCACUGAAGGUUAAGUCUUUCCUGAAUUUGUCUAAUAUCAUCCAACUGAAGUAGUACUCAAACUUGAAAAUAAUAUUUUUUUCAAAUAAGAUAACAAUAAAGUAGCUAAGAAGAUAAAGGAAAUAACUUUUUUUAUAUUCUUUAAUAGAAUAAUGAUCAUCACUCUAUACUUAUUAGCAGCUAUAGGUUUUUUUAAAGGUCCCUCUUUAACUUAGCAUGUAUAGAUAUACUCUGAAGUAACUUUUCAUAAUAAUAGAGAUUUAAUAACUGCAACUUAUUUCAAAAUUGUCCUUAUGUAUGAUCCAGACAUAUGAAUACGCUUUAGAUCUUUAUUUAUUUGAUAAACAAAACAUGACAGAUAUUGAAACACUCUAAUAUUUGUAAAAAAGUUAGGAGAUUCUCUAGUAAUCAACCUAAUUUAUCAAUCAAUCUCUCAGUGCCAAGAAAUUUGUCGAAAUCUUUUUAGGUUAUUAAAUGCUUGAAAAUCCCAUAAAUGACUUAAUAGCUUAAUAUAUGACUAUAUUAAACGAAUGGAAUAAAUCCGAAUGGAAAUUCAUAAAUCCUUAAUUCAAUAUGUUGGAUGAAUUGAGAGCUAUUAUAAUUCCAAAAGUUCAGACAGGUUUGCUUAUUAGUUAUUCACAACAAUAUAAUAAUUAAAUGAAUAGAUUACUUGAAUAUCAACAAUUUGCAAUUUUCGAGAUUGUGAUUACUAUUUGUUUAACUUUCUUCUUUGUCAUAGCGAAUGAAUUUUAAAUUAUCAAAGUUAUUAAUAAAAAUAAGGUAAUUCUGUAUCUUAAUUAGACCAUUAUCAAAUCUCUGCAUUUACUAUCAAAAGCAUAGAUUACUACAUCAAUUUAAUAUGUAGCAUGGUUGAAAUUGCAAUUAAAAUUCCUGAUUGAUUUGGAAACUAUGAAGUUUUUAAACUCUAAAACCACUCAAACAUCAUAUUGUGAAUAAAUGACUAAGUAUGAUAAUAAAGAAUUAAGCGUUUAAAUUAAUAAUAAGGCUAAUUCAUAUAUUGAAUCAGAUCAGUGGUUUAAAAUUAAAGUAAAAAUUAAUUAUAAUCAUAGAUCGUAUUUUUACUCUAUUAUCUAAUAUUUAUCAUCAUUAUUACCUCAUUUGUUUUCUAUUAUCUACUAUUUCUCCAAUCCUUUUAAAAUGGAGCUCUGAGUAUAUUCAAUGAAAAUUAAUUUGUCAAGUAUUAAAAACAUCUCUAUGCAAUGGUGAGCAUAAAAGAGCUCUACAUUUAUGAUUACAUAGACAACUCUAAUACAGCUAUUGAAGAUAUCAAGAAAAAUGUUUAGAAAUUUAUUAAUUAAAUACAAGAUGAAUCAGAUCAAAUUUAUGAGACAAAUAUUGAUUAAGUAUUCUAAAUGUUGUAUGGAAAUUAUUGUGAACUUCUUUUAGGUUAAAUUUGAUUUAAAUAUUAUAGAAAUAAUGCCAAAUACAGGAGUUGAUGAUUAUGAUUCCUGUCAGCAUAAAUUAAGUGGUGCAUUCACUAGAGGAUUAAAUCAAUAUCAUUUAUUACUAAGUUAAAUUGCAAUAUCUCUCCUAAAUCCUCAUGAUACUAGAUAUGAUUAGCCAACCUUAAGUGCUCUAUUUGAAUUCAGCGAAGUAAUUCAUAAAUCUACUUUAGGUGCAAAAAAAUGCUUAUCAAAUUGAACAACUCAUACUAAAUCUUUGGUGUGAAUAGUACUUUCUCUAUGCAGAUAAUGAAAUGUUUCUAGAUAUUCUUUCAAUGUAUUCUAUAUCUUAACAAUAAUAGAUGUUUAAUGUUUUUUUUUACAUCUAUUUGUUAUGCAUUCUUUAUUGA